AUGAACGUCGAGGGGAGUCAGCUGACUUCGUGUUUUACCCCCCCCGCGGCAAGUGCCUCCACGUCUUACAACGCAUAUAAGGAGUUCUUUGCAAAGGGGGCGUCUAGCCAAAAUGGGAAGGACGAAAAAAAAGCGGUCGACAAGCAGACGCUCCUGGAUGAUUUAGCGGAGAGUAAAAUAAGGUACCAAAUAAAGGAUGACAAUGUGAUGAGCCGGAUGAAGGGGGCGCGCGGGGCGAACCAGGUCAACUGGGAUAGCGGCACAAAGGGGGAUAGCGCCACUAACGCGACUAGCGGGACAGGCGAAGGAGAGAAAAAAACCCACACGUGCAUGCUAAAGAAGAAAAACGUGUGCGUCCCAGUAAACAUGGUAAACGAAAAUAACCACCAAAAUGUGAUCAAAAUGAGGAAAGCGCACCAAAUUUUAUUGAAGAAGGAUAACUUCGAUAUUUUUCACCACCUGGGAGACGACCUAUUUAGGUACAUCAUAUCGAACGUAAAAAAUAAAAACCUACUUCUCCUCAAUAGGCGAUUUAGAGACAUCGUCCGUUGCCUCAGAUUGAAACUGAUUUAUGAUGUAACAUUAAAAAAUACAAUCCCCCCAGAGAGUGUAAUCAAAACAAUAUACUACUCAUCAGACAAGCUACAGGUGUUGGAUCUCUCCGGAUGUUCCCAUCUCUCCUCUCACCAUUUUAAUUUAUUUUGUAAUUCAAAUAACAUCAAAUUUGAUAAGACUCUCAAAAUAUUGUGCUUAAAUAGCUGUACCAAAAUUACCGAUUCAAGUUUGAAGGUCCUACUCCAUCGAUUUAAGUGUCUCUCCAUUGUGGACCUCCGCAAUUGCUAUAAAAUUAGUCAUGAGGGAAUUUACCCUUUAAAGUUCAAGAAGGGCUUGAUGAAACUGUACCUUGGAAAUACGACCUCCUCUACAGUGUCGAAUUAUCACUCUGAUGAUACUCUGCGUGUGUUGUUUAGCUGUGUUUCUCCACCUUCAUCGGGAGAGUCUACUACCCAACGUACUGCUACCACCCAUGGUGUUGAGAUGAAUGUACAGAUGGAUAAUGAUACCCCUUUGAAACUACUCUCCUGCUUCGAAAUUAUCAAUGCGAAACAGCUGAGUGAUAUUUCGUAUCUCUACACGAUUUCGAGAAACCUCAAAGUGCUUAACCUCCGGGGAUGUAACAUUGAUGACACGGCUGCCAUCUUCUUCAAAUGCUUCACUAAUCUCAUCGCUUUGAAUGUAGCUGACACCAAAGCAUCUAAUGAGGUGAUAAAAACGGUUUGUGCUUACUCACCUAAGAUGGGGAUUCUCGAUAUUUCCAAAACUAUCGAUGUCCAGAACGAGACCAUCUUAACCGUCGCGCGAAGUCUGAAGCGACUUCGGAAAAUUAAGGUGUCCUCUUUGCAAAACGUGGACAACUUCGCCGUCCGGGAAUUCCUCAAACACUGCAGGGACCUCGUAGCAAUUGAUUUCUCCAGCUGCUGGAAGGUUAACAAUUCUUUUUGUCACGAGCUGAAAAUAUUUGAGACAUCCAUUUACGCGGACGUGGACGCACUGGAUCAGGGCGAAUGA